GUGCAGCUCUGGGACUGGCCCAUAAGUAACCCGUCUGCUGCAUGAUGUUACUGCCAAGCCAGCGGUCAUGUCCGCCCCAGUCAAUGACCAGGUACUCAUUUAUACUCUUGAGUCGAGACAAGCAAUUGUGUGUAAGUUUCUUGCUUAAUUAAGGAAAUUAUGCCAUAGCUCGCCAUCACUGACUUGAACCUGCAACCCUGCUGCAAGGUCUCGGAUGUUUUCAUUCUCUGAAUGCACUCUAACCAAUUGAGCUACAGCACCACACAUCCGACACACACACACACACACACACACACACACACACACACACACACACACACACACACACACACACACACACGUGUUCUAGCCAGGAUUUUGAAAUAUUUGUAAUAUGAUGUCAUCAAAUAUAAUUACGUCAAACAAUGACAUCAUUAAAUGUUUAAUGUUGACAUAUUUGGUGAUACCAUCAUAAUUUUACUUUAUCUUUUCUUUAGUAAUACGUAGAAUCUGAUGCAUGUAUAUUAGUUAUUGCAUGAUUGUUAGGCUAUUCAAUACAAUUGCCACUUAGAACUUGUCGAAUAAACCUCAUUGGACAUAGCCUUGUUAAACAUAACACAGACAGACAGAUAAUACACUAGAUUAUUACAAUGACAAGGUGACUUAACUUAAUUAAGAGUAAGUUGUGCAUAUACAUUGCCUUCAAACUUAAGAAAUGAAUAGUAUUUAAUGAAUAGUAUAGGGAUACUAAGGCAUAGCUAUGCCUUCUGACCAUUUAUCCUUUUUGACCAUAACUAAGACGCUACGUUUCUAGUAGUCUAGCGUAAUCAUGUGUAAAAUCCUUACAAAAGCUCUGAGAAUUUGUAUAACUGCAAGUGUGCUUUGUGAGAGAGGAUGAGCGUGCUUUGUGAGAGAGGAUCACUAUGUUUUUAUAACCAUAACGGUUUAGUGAAUUGAUACAUUCAGCUGUCAAGAGUUCUGCAAAGGUGUAUGUGGCAAUUGAAUGCAUGGGAUUAAAGAUAAACAGUAAUUUAGUAGAACACCUGCUGCAACCACAAAUCUUGUGUGAAAGGUCAAUGGGAAUUGUCCUCAAACACUAACAAAGAGGCCACGCUCAAAGAAGUUACGUCAUGAGAUUGCUCUUUAAGUAAUGUUGGGACCAACAAAACCAAUAGAGGUGAAUGUCUUAGAUGUAAAUCCACAAUGGAUCUUGUAGGAAGACAUCCCGCACUACAUGUGUUAAAGCUGUUCAAUUUUGUUCCCAACUGUCAAUAAUAAUGCUGUUUUUUCCUCCCCCAACGUCCCUUUCUUGUCCCAAUCCUUAAAAUGAUGGUACUGGCGAGAACACUGACACACACACACACACACACACACACACACACACACACACACACACACACACACACACACACACUGACAAAUGUCAAUGGACAAAUGUCAAGCUCUCCACGUCAUUCAUGAAUGAUUUCAACCUUAUGGUCAGUUGCAACGAUAGCUCCCCCUGCCUCUAGAGACAGGGCCUCCAUGCGCUACGUGGAGGCUUAGGGCCAGCGCUACAAUCCACCUGGAGCUUGGUCAGAGUCAUCCAGGGGCACUGACUAUGGCGUAGCUUUGGGACUGGACACCAAGGCCCACAAGUACCCGUCUGCUCUAUGAUGUUACUGCCAAGCCAGCGGUCAUGUUCACCCCAGUCAAUGACCAGGAAAUUAUGCCAUAGCUCGCCAUCGCUGUGACUUGAAGCUGCAACCCUGCAAGUCAUGGAGAAGGUAUACAAUGUUUAGCAUUUAACCCAGCUUCCAAUGGUUUAGCCAGCUGUACUACAACUGAUUUUGGGCUGUGGAAUUCUGAACAAAAAGCUGUUGCCAAACACAAAGUGUCAUCUCGAAUUACUUGUUGUAGCUGGACAAACGAUGGUCAAUAUCUUGCUGUAGGCAUGUUCAACGGCACAGUUAGCAUCAGAAAUAAGAAUGGAGAUGAGAAAGUAAAGAUUGAGCGUUCAUCCAGUCCUAUAUGGACACUCAGUUGGAAUCCAUCAAAAGAUGAACCAAAUGAUAUAUUAGCAGUUGGUGAUUGGGGACAGAAGUUGUCUUUCUAUCAGUUGGGUGGAAGACAGAUUGGAAAGGACAAGGCUCUGGGGUUUGAUCCAUGUUGUCUUUCAUUUUUUCCUGGUGGGGAAUACUUGUUGAUUGGAGGCUCAGACAAGAAGGUUUCAUUGUUUAGCAAAGAAGGUGUACGAUUGUGUGCAAUUGGAGACAUGGAAUCGUGGGUGUGGGCAUGUCGAGUUCAUGUGCGACUCGAUGGCAACAGAGUGCCACAUUACUUUGCUGUAAGUGCGUUGCACACAUGGCAAGAACGUUUUUAUAUUUGACUGAACUAAGUCAAUCGAGUUUCUGUUCUGUCAUCAUUUUAUGUCAACUGGC